AUGUUGCCUGUUCAGCGCUGGUCUUUGGCUCUUGCUGUGGCAUUGCAAGCAGCUACUUCGGCCUCCGCUCAAGGAUUAUCCGAAAAAGUUUGGGCGGUCUUCGCAUACACCCUUCAUGGGGACAAUAUUCCAACAGCUCUCCCCCGCCCAAAGAAUUUGAGUCCGUAUGGCGCCAAUGAGCUCUAUGCAGCAGGCUCCUCGUUCCGGGAUCGAUACAUUGCCGUGCAUUCCAACGAUUCUGCUGAGAAACUGAGGAUCCAGAAUCUGUCUCCAUACGUUCUGGACUCAGAGGAAGUGAUUGUUCUCUCAAGCACUGAACAAUCGGUCGUAGGAUCUGCCCAGGCUUUUAUGCAGGGACUUUACCCUCCUCUGAAACAGUCUGGCAACUUGACGUAUUCCGACUCGUCAUCUGUGUUGGCCAAUGGAUCUAUAACCACCGCACCUUUUGAAGGAUACCAGUACCCGCAGAUUUUGUCCUUCAGCUCGGACGAUCCUCAAUCACUCGCGGUGGCCGGGCACGAUCAAUGCCGGGGAUACGAAGUCGCAAGUUCCGAGUAUCAAUCUAGCAACGAGUUCCAGCGAAUCACACAGGAGACAGAGGCGUUUUAUAUCGACCUUUACAACCAAGCACUGUCCGGUGUGUACGACCGCUCUUCCGCGACGUACAAGAAUGCCUACGACAUCGCGGAGUACUUGGAAUAUGAGUUGAUCCACAACGGAACUUUGAUGCACGUAUUGAGUAUGGAAGACAUCAAGCAUGCGCGCUUGCUGGCCGACCAGUAUCUCUGGGCAACAAACGGAAGGAAAUCUACUUGGAAUUCCCUGUUGUCUAGUCACACCGAUACUGCUAUUCACACUAUUGCCGGACGAACCCUAGCGUCACGCAUCUUGGAAGCCUUUGGAACCAAUGUCCAAUAUCGGGGAGCAAACGAGAAAAUGACUCUUGCAUUUGGCGGUCCUGAGCCUGCCAUAGCUCUUGCAUCGCUUACGGAACUGUCAUCUAGGUAUGACGGUUUCUAUCCGCGUCCGUCGCUUGGUGGUUCGAUGUUAUUUGAGCUCUACAGCCGGGAAACUGAAGACAACCCGACCUAUCCAGAUCCUUCCGAACUUUACGUGCGGUUCGUACUUCACAAUGGAACCGAUUCUUCUACCAGAUUCACUACAUACCCUCUCUUUGGAUCUGGACCCAGCAAUAUCGAGAUGCGGUACAGUGAAUUUCAAGCGGAGAUGGAGCAAAUUGCCACCCGGUCAACUCGCGAGUGGUGUUAUGAGUGUGGCUCGUCAGCCGUGUUCUGCUCCGGUGUUCUGAGCAGAAACAGAGAGCCAACAGACAAUGACGACCGUAUGGACCCAGGAGUUGCUGGUGUCAUAGGAGCAGUGGUGACCGUUGUUGUCUUUGGUUCGAUUGGGAGCGUUUUCGGUCUGCUUACUGCCCUCCGCAAUCGCAAAUCACGCCAAGGGAAACAGGGAGGAUUCAAAGGAGACCGGAAGAUGGCGGGCGAUGCUGAUAUUACGUUCAGAAAUCCUUCAUGGGGCGAUGCCUACACAGCUGGAAAGCAGAAGUCGGACGACGAUAUGAGCGGGGCGGUUGUCGUUAGAGGGCAGGAACGUUCAGGCAGCUGGGAAAUGACGGAGCCGAAGGAGCGUAAUGGAAACAGCCCUAAGAAUACCGGGGAGUCAGUGCGCUCUCCUUUCGACGACGAAAAUGAAAAUGACGAGGAGUGUCUUGUUCACAGCGCUGUUGAGCCGGUCAAAGUGCGCGAAACUGUUUAG